GGAGCACAGCAGCCCCCGGCGCCCGCUCUAAGCUGGCUGCAGGCGGGAUGGCAGCACUGUGGAGGUCGUACCAGCGGCUCAUGGCCCAGCACCCCUGGAAAGUGCAGAUCCUCACAGCUGGGUCCCUGGUGGGAGUCGGAGACGUGAUCUCUCAGCAGCUGGUGGAAAGAAGGGGCCUGAGAGGGCACAGCACUCGCAGGACGCUGAAGAUGAUGGCCAUUGGCUUCUGCUUUGUGGGCCCUGUGGUGGGAGGCUGGUACCAGCUCCUGGAUCGACUUAUUCCGGGAAACACCAGGAUGGUGGCGUUGAAGAAGAUGGUGCUGGAUCAGGUGGGGUUUGCACCUUGCUUCCUGGGCUGUUUCUUGGCCAUCGCCGGGGCACUCAACGGCCUGUCCGCCGAGGAGAGCUGGGCCAAGAUCCGACGGGAUUACCCGGACGCGCUGCUCACCAACUAUUACCUCUGGCCAGCCGUGCAGAUUGCCAACUUCUACUUCAUCCCCCUGAACCACAGGUCAGGCCCCCGCCCUGCUCCCCGAAUGGCCGUGGGGCCGGCCCAGCAGUGGCUCUUGGGGGAGCUCCAGGGGCCACAUCACACAGCAACCAUCGAACUGGCCCCCCAGGGCAGCUUCAGCAAAGGAACCGCUGGCACGUAG